AUGGGUGUAUCGCAAAGUCCAAUCGUCGUCAUCGCUCCUGGCGCUUGGAACCGUGGGAGUGCCUAUGACGACUUCGGUGACAUAUUGAAGAAGCGCGGAAUUCGCUCGAUGGCUGUGGACCAUGUUUCCAACGGCGCAGAGCCCCCAAAUAAGGGGUUGACAGAGGAUUCGAACCGCUUCCGGGAAUUGGUUUGCCACCUGGUGGACCAGGGCGAAAAGCUCGUACUGCUCGGCCAUUCAUAUGGUGGAAUGGUCAUCUCUGCAGCGGCCACAGGCCUGGGCUUUCAAGAGAGACAGAAGGCCGGUAAGCCUGGAGGUGUGAUUUGUCUGGUUUAUGUGGCCGCAUUCGUCGCCGAGCGAGGAAAGAAUCUCAGAGACAUGGUUGGUGGUCAAUUGUGGCCGUGGAUGCUAUCGCAGGGAGACUACGUUCGUCUAGACUCUGAUGUGGACCUGGUGCAGGAUGUUCCUGCAGAAAUCAAAGCUUCGAGAACGAAGCAUAUGCUUCCACAUAUUUGUCUCCGUUCGUUCACCGAAAGGGCUACCGAAGAGCCCUGGCAUACUAUACCUAGUGCCUACAUUGUCUGCGACGAUGAUGUGGCGCUUCCACCGACGAUUCAAGACUCCAUGAUUAAAUCACUUAAUCAUCCGCGCGUUUUCCGCCUGAACAGCGGUCAUUCCCCAUUCCAAAGCAUGCCGACGGAGACAGCCGAUAUAUUGUUGGAGAUUUGCAAGUCCUGA